ACACUUCAAUCAAAUUCAAACCUCCAACGAACCUAACCUCAAACCCCAAGUGCCAAACUCAUGAAAAACCCCACAAAAAAUGUCGCUAUCGCCCUCCGACAUCCUCCAGCGCCUCAAACAGCUAAAACUGUGGCAAGAAAGCCAAGACGAACUCCUCAAAAAAACAAAGAACUUAAUCGACACCAGCACGGCUUCGGACUACCAAACCAUAGAAGGCCUCUCAGACUUUGACUCGACGCUAAACCAGUCACUAAAGACCCCCGUAAACGUGGAAUCGCAGGUAAUUUCACCCAGUAAGACCUUCAACGAGCUGUUGGAAGAAAAACUAGCCCAGGAUCCGGGCCCUGAGAAGGCAAUACCCGCAAUAAAGCGACCCUUUUUGAAAAAGGGGGCCGGACUGGAGAGGUUUAAAAUAAAGCCGCGGCCGCAAAAGACAGUCAAACCGGUCAAGGCGAGCAAGAAAGUGGCGACAAGUGUGACGCCUCUGAGGGCCCCGGAUUUGGCGAUUAAGCCGAAAGCGACGUGGACUAGAGCUGAUGAAAGUAGUGAACACGUGAAGAAGAUUAACUCGCAGUUGAAUAAAUCUGAGGGACCCAGUGACCAAACGUUGUAUGAAAAACAACUAGAGAAAGAAUUGUUGAUUUUUGAAGCCUUGGAACAACGAGCGGAAGAUAGUAGUUUCUGUUCAACGAAUUCAAGUGUGGUUCGGAUUUUAUCAAGCACCCCUAGUAAAAUUCAAGCUAAGAUUCAGGCCACUAUUCCGGAAGAAAAGAGGGUACAUUGGGAAACCCAGGACACUCAGAGUGAAGACGAAAUUAUUGAAACAACCCUCGACAAGCGGGACAUUGCUGAAAUUUUGCUGCGCUUGAAGGGGCUUACGGAAAGCGCCAAACCCCAAGUACCAUCCAUAAUUGACGCCUCUGACGACGAAAAAUGGUCCUCAAUUGAACCCUCAAGCGACAACACCUCCAUCUCCUCCACAGACCUAGAAGCAACCCUAAGAACCUCCAAGUGCGACAUCGGCGUCGGUACCGACAACCAAAAUUGUGCAAUAUGCGGCGACAAGCUCCAAAAAACCAUCACCGACUACGAAACCAAAAUCCGCGAAGUCAUCCAAGACAAAAACACAAUCUGCGAAAUCAAAAAACAGCUCGAGCAACGAGAAAAAGACUUCCUAAAAAAGAAGCGCGACUUCGAAGACGAAAAACAAGACCUCGUUUACGAACUCGAAGCCGAAAAAAAGAAACUCCUAAAAGAGAAACAAGUUUUCCAAACCUACAUGAAGGAGUCCCAAAACCGCCCCAACAAAAAAGAGCGACAAGAAAUAAGCAACUUGAAGCAGGAAGUGGCCGACUUGACUGAAACCCUCAAACUCAAAGAGUCCAAGAACGGGAUGACGCAAGCGCGCCUGCGAAACCAAAUCAAACAACUGGAGAAAGAAAACGCGAACUUGAAAGACGAAGUCGAGAAGUUAACCAAAGAAAACGCGAAGCUUUCAGCGAGUCAGAAAAUGACUAGAAAGUCCUCGGAUUCGAAAAUUUUGCACGAAAUUAACAAAAACAUCUCGAAGUUGGCGAAAACUUCGAAAAAAACGGAAAUUGCGUCAAAGAACAACUCGUUGGACACUGAAGACUCGUUUUUUGAAAUGGAAACGAAUCGGGAGUUGGAAAUGCAGUACGAAAACACGUUCAGGAAUCAAGUGACUCGGGACGUGUCAAAAGCGGCGGUUUCAGGGAAAAGUCAACACACUUUGGACGACGGGAGCAAACAAAUAAAGUACUCUAAUGGGAAUUUAAAAACGGUUUCGCCUGAUGGUAACUUCAUUACUGUCCAGUAUUUCAAUGGGGAUAAACAAGAAACUAAUUUGCUUGAUGGGACUGUGAAAUAUUUUUUCGCCGGAAAAGGGAUCUGUCAAACUACUUAUCCCGACGGUGUGGAAAUGGUGGAAUUUCCCGAAGGAAUCCUGGAAAAACGGUACCCCGACGGUAAGUCCGAAAUUACUCUACCAGAUGGCGUCACUCAAACGACAUUUCGAGAUGGUACCCAAGAAACGAAAUACACCGAUGGGUCAGUUGUAAAAAUCAACACCAGCGGCGACAAAACCCUACUUUUACCCAACGGACAAAAAGAAAUCGAAACCAAAGAGUUCAAGAGACGCGAAUACCCCGAUGGUACUGUCAAAAUCCUCUACCCAGAUGGUACCCAAGAAACUAAAUACGCAAACGGACGCAUCAGGAUUAAAGACGGGAAUGGUACUCUUAUAGUGGACACCCAAUCUUGACCAUUGUUCAAUUUUAUUUAUUUUAUACUAAAACUUAACCUAUUUUUGAUAAUGGAGCCUUUGAAUGGCGUCCAAAGCC